UCCUUCAAAUCUGGAUCCUCCCUGUGGUGCUUGUGAAUUUCUUUGCUUUUUUCUUUCACCCAUGGAUUCUCUUCUGGCAAAACGGCUGCAGAGAUGUGGAGAACUGAAUUUAAGAUGGGAGAAAUUAGAAACAGAGAGAACCACAGCUGCAGAUGUGGGGGAAAAAAACCACCCCAAAACGCAUAUACUUCAGUAUGAUCAGUUCAGUCUCUCUCCAGCAGAGAUCAUCAUGGGCAACUGGGUGGAAAAUGAGGGACUCUCCAUAUUUGUCAUUUUAGUGUGGCUGGGCUUAAAUGUCUACCUCUUCUGGAAUUUCUACGAAGUUUAUGACAUUGGAAAAGAAUACUACUAUACAAGAAAACUUCUGGGGCCUUUCCUGGCAUUGGCCCGAGCACCUGCAGCAUGUCUGAAUUUCAACUGUAUGCUGAUUCUGCUUCCUGUCUGUCGAAAUCUGCUUUCCUUCCUCAGAGGCUCAAUUGCGUGCUGCUCAGUGCGUGUCAGAAGACAGUUGGACAGAAACCUCACAUUUCACAAACUGGUGGCCUGGAUGAUUGCACUCCAUACCACAAUCCACACAAUUGCACAUUUAUUUAAUGUCGAAAGGUUGGUGGAUGCACGUAAUGAAAAGAACAGAACUAUUCAGGCUGUGCUGUCUGAUCUGGGCGAUGAUGAAGGUGAAUCCUACCUGAAUUUUGCCCGAGAGAAAAUUACGAAUCCCAACGGUGGUCUCUUUGUAGCAUUCACAACCUUGGCAGGCCUCAGUGGUGUUAUCAUUACACUGUGUCUAAUAUUAAUUAUCACCUCAUCUACUAAAACCAUUCGAAGGUCAUACUUUGAAGUAUUUUGGUUCACCCAUCAUCUCUUUGUUUUCUUUUUUGCUGGUCUUGUCAUCCAUGGAGCUGGGCAAAUUGUACGUAAACAGAUUGACAUGGGGAAGCAUAAUCCAGACAUCUGUGCUGAUAAUUACACCCUGUGGGGGAAAUUACCUUCAUGUCCUAAACCACAGUUUUCUGGAAAUCCUCCUAUGACAUGGAAAUGGGUAAUAGGCCCUAUGAUUAUAUACAUAUGCGAGAGAUUGGUGCGGUUUUGGCGAUCCCAACAAAAAGUUGUUAUCACAAAGGUUGUCACUCAUCCUUUCCAAACCUUUGAGCUCCAGAUGAUGAAGAAGGGCUUCAAGAUGGAAGUUGGGCAGUACAUUUUUGUCAAAUGUCCUGCAGUGUCCAUGCUGGAGUGGCACCCUUUCACACUGACUUCUGCCCCUGAAGAAGAUUACUUCAGCAUUCACAUACGUGUCGUAGGGGACUGGACGGAUGAGUUGUUUAAAGUUUGUAGAUGUGACAAGCAAGAAUUCCAGGAGGCCUGGAAACUGCCCAAGAUAGCUGUAGAUGGCCCCUUUGGCACUGCUAGUGAAGAUGUAUUCAGUUACGAAACUGUGAUGUUGGUUGGAGCGGGCAUUGGGGUCACCCCUUUUGCAUCAGUCCUCAAGUCUGUGUGGUACAAAUACUGCAACGAUGCCAUAAACCUAAGACUCAGAAAGAUCUAUUUUUACUGGCUCUGCAGAGACACACAUGCCUUUGAAUGGUUUGCUGACCUCUUGCAAUCACUGGAGACUCAAAUGCAGGAAAAGAAUAACGCAGACUUUCUUAGCUACAACAUCUAUCUUACCGGCUGGGAUGAAUUUCAGGCUGCUCAUUUUAUGGUACAUCAUGCUGAAGAGAAAGAUGUGAUUACGGGCUUGAAACAGAAAACCCUGUAUGGGAGACCAAAUUGGGAGAAUGAAUUCAAAACAAUUGCAAGUCAGCAUCAAAGUUCUAGGAUUGGCGUUUUCCUGUGUGGACCCGAAGCCUUGGCUGAAACCUUAAAUAAGAUGUGCAUUAACAAUUCAGAGGCUGACCCACGAGGAAUACACUUCAUAUUCAACAAAGAAAAUUUUUGAACAUAUAUGUACAAUUUUGUUAUAAAGAAAGACUACAUUUUGUCUGUUGACAACAUUUUGCUAUAAUGAACUAUCUUCUUUCUGGAAUGUUGCCAAAAGUUCCAGAUCUGCUUGCAUUGGCUUUUGUAUUUUGUAUACAGUAAGGCCCCGCUUUACAGUGCUUCGCUUUACGGCGCUUUGCUAAUGCAGCGGUCUCAAUUAGACACAAUUAGACUAAAGCCCCACUCAUACAACUCUUGUUCCACUUUUACAGUGGUUUUCAGGUGUCGCACGCCAUUCUAUUCGAUGAGUUCCGCUUUUCAGUGGUUUUCGCUUUUCAGCGGGGGUCCGGAAUGUAACCCGCCAUAUGAGUGUGGCCCUACUGUAAUUUGUCAAAAACGUAGUAUUCGUAUUGGAUGGUCUUAGGUUACAAUCCUAUACACACUUAAUUGGACUUAAUGGGACUCAGUAGACAUUCAUAAGACUUUACUGUAAGUUUGACAUUUCUAUUCUCCUUUAUUUUGAAUAAAUAAGAUUAAAUUGCAAAUAA